AUGCUGUUUAAGUUAAAUAUCCGACGUCGGUGUUAUCGUUUAUGGUAUUCAACGUCUGUUCGAUUAAUUCAUUUAAUAAUAUUACUUGUAAUAACAUUUUUAAUUGUUUUAUUAAUAAAGUUAAGAAAAAAAGAAGAUUGUUGGCUUGAUAAGUAUCGUGCUCGUCUUUUUUGUUUUGUAUUAACAAAUGAAGAAAAUUUAGAAAGUCGAGGUCGUGCUGUUUAUGAAACAUGGGCACGUCGAUGUGGUCGAUUUGUAUUUGUUACUCGAUUAAAUUCUUCUAGAAAUUGUGAAAAUAAAACUGAAAAAAAUUUACAUGGAUUAUGUGAAUUUCCAAUAGAAAAUAUAACAACAUUACCAGAUGAAAGCUAUUCACAUUUAUCAGAUAAAGUUCGUGCAUCACUUUUAUAUUUUAAUGAAUAUUAUCCAAAUUAUGAUUGGUAUCUGAAAGCAGAUGAUGAUACUUAUAUUAUUGUUGAAAAUUUACUUCGAUUUUUAAUUAGUACUAUUAAACGUUAUCCAAAACCUGUUUUAUAUGGUUAUCGGUUUGGUGAAGAUUAUGUAAGUGGAGGUGCUGGAUAUGUAAUAACACGUGAAGGACUGAACUUAUUUAGUUCACAUAUUAAAAAUGAUUCAAUUUAUUCUCAAUGUAACUCGACAAUGGAAGAUAUGAUGAUUGGAAAAUGUUUCGAAAAGGUAUUUCAAAUUGAAUCUCAUGAAAAUAUAAAACAUUUAACAUUGGUUGGAGAAACAAUUGAUCAACAUGGAAGAGAAAGAUUUCAUCCGUUAGCUUUUCGUCUUCAUUUUAAUGGACCAUUAAAUAAAACCAAUCGAGAAUGGAUCUAUUAUAGACCUUUUCAUCCUACUUUAUUUGGUUACGAAGCAAUAAGUGAAACAACAAUUAGUUUUCAUUAUACACAACCAAAUGAUAUGUAUCAAAUUCAUUCACUAAUUUAUGAUAUUAAACUAUUUGAUAGACAAUUGUGUCUUGUUUCACAUUUGUAA